AUCAAUCUCUCACCGUAGAAUCCCUCUGAAAUCUGUACUUAUCUUGGACUGUGUGGUGGCCGUGAUAGUGGCAAGAUUAAAGACCUUCUGCUUAAUCACAUGUCGAAGACUGGAACAAUGCCACCUAUGCAGAUGGAGUCGUCUGUCCAGUGCUCUGUUUGCACAUACAUCGUCAGCACACUUGGCUUUCUGUUCCCCAAAGAGAGGACUCAGAACAUCAUAACUGUCCUGCUUGAGAGUUUGUGCAAGGAGUUUCCUCCUCUGGUUCAGCCACAGUGCAAUAAGUUGGUUGGAAAAUACGUCCAGAUGUUGGUUGACAUGCUGCUGAACAACACCUCUCCCAACUUCAUUUGCACUCUGCUUCGUCUAUGUGAAAUAUCUGAGCGUCAGAUCAACACUCUUGCACUUUCUAACUGUGAUUCCUGCCUUACAUUGGCGGUUCUUACUCAAAUGCAUCUGGGCUCCAAUGCCACUGAGCACCAAGCUGCUUCUUUCCUGGACAGUGUCUGCCAGUUGAACCCCAACGCCAUGCCAAAGUGCGAGACUUACAUUGAGCGUAAUGGAAAACAACUCAGUCUGUUUCUGAGCAAACAGCAGGGGGCGCUUGACACUUGCAAGAGUGCAAAUUUGUGCCCUUCUGAUGAUAAGGAGUCUGUGAUUACGGCUGACCCCUGUAGUCUCGGACCAAAAUACAGCUGCAGAGACCUCCAGACUGCUGUCGAGUGUGGGGCAUUUUCCUUUUGCCAGAAGUCUGUGUGGGCAUGAAUCUGUUUCGGCUGUGCUUACUAAAGAAACAGAGUGAACGGUGAAGGCGUAUUUCCAGCAUGUGUGUGUGUGCGUGUUCUAACAGCAUCUUUGCAUUAUUAAUGUAGUAUUUCUGAAAGGCUGAUGGACUCAUUAAACCAACUCCACUAUUUUUCCCC